UUUGCUAACCUCACUGCAUGGAGUGCUGUUUGUGGACUAAUUGGGCUUGGUUUUGUCCAUAACUAUAUUGACACUUUUAAUAUACUGUAUUAGUAUUAAAAUGGACAGAUAAUUGACCAAAAAGAUGAUUUCUUGAAAGCACGUCUACUGUAUAUAAGAGCUUGUAAAAGUAACAUUUUGCUUUACUUCCUGGGGGUUGAAAAUGUUAGUGAGAGAAACCUCAAAGAAUAUUCGUGUCACUUUCACUUUUUGGUGCAUGGCAGCCAACGUGGACAGAAAACAUCAGACACCAAACAAGAGGAGCCAGAGGACUUAAUCCACACAGAGCUUUUAGUUCCCACAACUGGGAGAGAGAAGACCACUAAAGAGGUCGAUUCAGAUGAUGAGAAGAUGCAUACUGACAGUGAGACUACUUGGACCACUCAGGCUGGACAUAAAGUAGAAGAUAGUCAGCUGAGCCCAGCUCUUGCUUCUUUUGAGACUGAAGGUGUCUGCUCAGGGAAUGGGACUGAACUUGGGCUUGAACUUGAUGUUGGAACAGACAGGAGUGUAGAUACAUCCUUAGAAAAACAAGACUCUGUUUCUGAACAGGGACAGGUGUCCGUAGGCUUCAUAAGGGGGAUUUUCGGUGUCCUGUACAAAGGUUAUGAGUCCAUGGCCUCUAUACUGCAGCAGCCAAGUCCUGCAGAAACACAAGAUGAAGCAAUAUUGAACAAUCAAGAUGGAACUGUGAUUGAAAUUCUUCCUCCUGAGCUGUUUUGUGCCACAAAAAUUGAGCAUCCAACCGACGAUGAGCCCAAAGAACACAUUAUAAAAGAUUUGUUACCAAUACAGGGCAUCAGUGAGUUACAGAUAGAUAUUCCGACCUCCUCUGAGCCUCUGACUAUGAGUCUGGUGGAGUGCCUGAAGCUGGCUGCUAGAGAAACUCAAAGCGGAGGAUCCAUGAAUUUUGAGGCCCAGGCCGAAGGAAGCACUUCCAGAGAGAAAAUAGCAACUGAGCCCUUGCAAAUUCCAAUACCAUUAGGGGAUGACAAAAGUAUGAAGACUGGAGCAUGUAUAGCUAGCAAGAUUGUGGUAUCAAAUGUGGAAAAAUAUGAAGAGCCAUGCUUACCUAUGGAAACCACACAAGAAGGCAUAAUUUCUAAAGAAGAUAUACAAGACCUUAGCGAUGUGGAAACAGAUCUUCUGCUGAAUGAGGUAGACUUUGUGGAAAUAAGAAUAGACGAAAGCCCAGAGGGGAACAGACAUGAAGAACUUCUGCCUGCUAAAACCGUCAGAGCCCAGAUGACUCCUGGCAAGACAAAAGCAGCAGAUUUAAAGCCUUUGGCAGAGUUGGAGGGUUCACAGGAGGAGCUGGAAUUUGAACUAGGUCAGGAAGACUUAGGAACAGUGUGGCUUGCUGAGCUGUAUAUGGAUGGAGGGUAAGUGCAUGGACAUUACCUCUGUCUGCACUGCCUCUCAUUUUUAUGAGCCUCCUUAACUGAACAGCACGAUUUUGGCAACGCUUUGCCUUGCUCACUGUUGAGUGUUCUGGUUGUAUUUCGUUGUAGGUUUUUCAAAAUUACCUCUGAUUGGGAAUGGUGAUGUCUUUGUGUUUGCCAUCAAGCGAUGCAUAUAUUAUGCAUUAAAAUGGUGCUUGCGUGAAAACUCAGUGCCCAUAAUUCAAUGUAUCUGUACUGUGUCUUGAUGCCAAAAAAUCUUACAGGAGAUGGAUUGGGAUAUUGUAUGAGCAUGAAUCAUGGCCGAUGGUGGUGGUUUGUUUUGAUAUAAGCCUCUCUGUUGUUGUUGUUUUUUGUUUAAGUGACUAAACUUUUUUGUAGUUUGCUUGUCCAUUCUGCAAGCUUGCAAAAAUUUGUAUUAGAAAAUAUUUUUACACAGUGACUAUGGGCUAACUGUGCUGAUUGUAGCUGCUUGCUGGAAUCGAUUGUGCUCUCUAAUGUGUUUGGUACGGAGAGUCUUAUAGGACAGGGACGGAAUUCAUUUUCUCAUAUAGCUUUGUCUUCCCUUGCAGUAGUUUGCAUUCCCUCACAAUACGUUUUGUGUUUCCUCACAAAAAGAUUUGCAUUCCCUCGCAAUUAUUUUGGGUUCCCUUGCAAUAGCUUGAUCAAUCCAUUAUGAGAUUUGACCAUGGUUUGACUACAGUAACCAUAGUUGAACCAUGGUAUUUGUUGUAAAACCAAAAUAAUAAUACAGGAAAACUGUAUAAUCUUUAUAAAAAUCAUUCUGCCAAAAAACAUGGUUCAUAUAGUUUUACUAUAGUAAUACAAUUGUUGCACUGUGGUAGCCUACAAACCUUAGUUUUUUUGUGGUUAUCCAUUUAUUUUUAUUUUUUUUCUUCAAAUACCAUAGUUUAACUGUGCUAUUGCAAGGGAACCAAAAAUAAUUGGGAUGGAACGCAUAACUUUAUGUUAAGGGAACGCAAAAUUAUUUCAGAAAAUAAAUUCUCUCCCUGACCUCAAAGAGGCUCCGUAGUUUGGCCAUUUUCUGUGAUUUAAUUGUAUUUUUACUGGAAGAAAAAGCUUUUGCACGUUAUAAGAACUGGUAAGAGGUGCGAUAUUUUGAAACCAUUUUCUGGUGUCCCACAGACCCAA